AUGCAAACUGUCGACCGUUCUCAGUUUCCAAAACUGAAAAAUGACCUGAUUAUACGGGCAGCCCUGGGAGAAAAGGUAGAGAGACCACCCUGCUGGAUUAUGCGUCAGGCUGGGCGUUACUUACCAGAAUACCAUGAAGUUAAAGAUGGUAGAGACUUUUUCGAAACUUGUCAAGACCCGGAAAUUGCUAGCGAAAUCACUAUCCAGCCUGUGAGGCGUUAUGCGGGUCUCUUAGACGCAGCAAUCAUUUUUAGCGACAUCUUAGUGAUUCCACAAGCUUUGGGAAUGAAGGUCGAAAUGGUCGAGGGCAAGGGACCUCACUUCCCUGAGCCUCUCAGAACCGAACAGGACAUGCAAAAAGUCCUGGACUACCACACUGACGUGCUCGACGAGUUGGCCUGGGCUUUCAAGGCCAUCACGAUGACCAGAAAUAGGCUCGAUGGCCAAGUGCCACUUCUGGGCUUCUGCGGUGGACCCUGGACGCUACUAGUCUACAUGACUGAAGGCGGAGGGUCGCGAUUGUUCAGGUUUGCUAAACAAUGGAUCAAUGAGUUUCCAGAUCUGAGCCAUAAGUUGCUGCAGAAAAUUACCGACGUGGCUGUUGAGUUUUUGGCCCAGCAAGUUGUUGCUGGAGCUCAAAUGCUUCAAGUCUUUGAGAGCUGGGGAGGUGAGUUGGGCUCUCAUGACUUUGACGAGUUUUCUUUGCCUUACAUUAGGCAAAUCAGUCAGAGACUGCCUCUGCGUCUGAAGGAGCUUGGAAUCGGGGAAAGAAUUCCAAUCACUAUUUUUGCCAAGGGAUCCUGGUAUGCCUUGGACAAGCUAUGCGAUUCGGGCUACAACGCUGUGUCUCUAGACUGGUCCUGGGACCCUAAAGAUGCAGUGAAGAUUAAUGCUGGUCGUGUCACUUUGCAAGGUAAUCUUGACCCUGGUGUGAUAUACGGCACUGACGAAAUCAUAAGCAAGAAAGUCGAGGAAAUGAUCACCGGCUUCGGUGGUGGGAAAUCCAACUACAUCGUUAAUUUCGGCCAUGGCACCCAUCCGUUCAUGGACCCAGAAAAGAUCAAGUUUUUCCUACAAGAGUGCCAUAGAGUGGGAAGCAUGUAA